AAAACACGCAACAUUACAAUCAUACAAUACAUUGAUACAAAGAUUCAAAACCCUUCUUCCUCUCUCCAGUAUUCUUUCCCUCACCAAAAAGCAUAAAGCAAAAAAUAUAUCUUAGAAAUAUUAAAUAGAUGGGUGCCAAAAAGGACUUCAAAGUGAAGUUGAUCAAAACAGAGGUGGUAGCAGCAAUGUUGCCAAUGCAAGAGCAUUGGCUAUCACAGUCCAAUCUUGAUUUGCUUUUACCUCCAGUGGAUGUUGGAGUAUUCUUAUGUUAUCAAAAUCCUAUUACCUCUGGGAUAUUGCCAAAAAUUUGGUCAUUUGAUUCAAUGGUCAAUGUUCUUAAGGUGUCUUUGUGUGAGACUUUGGUUUCAUACUAUGCAUUUGCUGGAGAGUUAGUUCAGAACCUUGCUGGAGAACCCGAAAUUCUAUGUAACAAUGCUGGAGUGGAUUUCAUAGAAGCUUGGGCAGAUGUAGAGCUUAAAGAGAUCAACUUUUAUAAUCCGGAUGAAAGCAUAGAAGCCAACCUUGUACCAAAGAAGAAGCAUGGUGUACUAGCUGUUCAGGUUACAGAACUCAAAUGUGGAGGAGUAGUGGUGGGUUGUACAUUUGAUCAUAGAGUUGCUGAUGCUUACUCAUUCAACAUGUUUCUUGUAUCAUGGGCUGAGUUAGCUCUGUCCAAACCACUCUCUCAGCUACCAUCUUUCAAACGAUCUUUUCUUUAUCCGCGGUGUCCCUCUGUCUAUGAUCCUGUAAUUGAUACCAUGUACUUACCUAUCUCAGCCCUAAAACAGGAAAACACAAAUAUUGAUCAUGAUGAUGAUCAAGUUAUAAGUAGAAUUUACUAUGUUAAGGCCGAAGAAAUCAGGCGCCUCCAAUCACUAGCCAAUUGUAACAACACAAAGUUUACUAAACUCGAAACAUUCAGCGCUUUCCUAUGGAAAACUAUAGCCAGUGAUACUAAUAAGAACUUCAGGCUUGGAAUUGUGGUUAAUGGAAGAAGUAGAUUAAGCAACGGAGAUGAAGAACAAGCCAAGAUACUAAAAGGGUAUUUUGGGAAUGUUCUUUCCAUCCCAUUUGGCGAAAAGAGAGUUGAGGACUUAAAAGAGAAAUCAUUGUGUUGGGUGGCACGUGCAGUGCAUGAGUUUCUUGAACGUGCAGUGAAUAAAGAACAUUUUCUUGGGUUAAUAAAUUGGGUUGAGAAUCAUCGUCCGGAGCCAGCUCUAGCAAGAAUUUACGCCACGGAUGAAGAUACACCCGCGUUGGUGGUGUCAUCCGGGAAGCAAUUUCCGGUGAGGAAGAUUGAGUUUGGAUGGGGAGAGGCGUUAUUUGGUUCGUACCACUUUCCAUGGGAAGGAAAAUCAGGUUAUGUGAUGCCAAUGCUAAGUCCAAAAGGAAAUGGAGAUUGGAUUGUUUACAUGCAUAUGUUGAAAGGCCAAAUCGAUUUGGUUGAGGCUAUUGCGUCAAAUGUGUUCAAGCCCCUCACUGCCGAUUAUCUCAAUUUGAAGUAAUUAAUUAAUGGUUUAUGUAUACAUAUGUACUCAGAGAGAAGGGGAGCUUUGGUGUUUGUUGCCGUUUGA